AUGGAGCGCAAUCCCGUGACUGAGAAUUUCAGCAGAGAGGAUUACACGGUGGGCUGGAUUUGCGCCCUGGCUCCCGAAUUGGCGGCAGCAGCAGCAGCGAUGCUGGAUGAAACGUAUGCACCACCUGCGGUUUUCCAGCAGGACCCCAACGACUCCAACGUCUAUUCUUACGGACGCAUGGGACGGCACAAGGUCGUCAUCGUAUCACUCGGUGCUGGGAUGCCCGGUAAGGUACCUGCAAGUACGACGGCGACCAGCCGCUUGCGCAGCUUCCCGAAAAUCCGAUUCGGUUUGAUGGUGGGCAUCGGUGGUGGAAUCCCAGCCAAGAUCACUGAGGACUCCGCCGAUGAUAUCCGCCUCGGAGAUGUGGUGGAUUCAGUUCCCCAUGGCGAGUCUGGAGGAGUUGUCCAGUACGACCAUGGAAAGAUCGUCCAUGAAGGUCAAUUUGUUCAGACCGGAUCGCUGGGAAAGCCACCGACUAUCCUCUUGAAAGCGGCUCAGAGAGUCCAGGCACAACAUGAUAUGCAGGGAAGCAGCAUCCCAGAACUACUCGGAAAGAUCCUGCAGGAUCGACCCAAAAUGGCCGUCAAAUACCAACAUCCGGACGCAGAAGACUGUCUUUACCAGGCCCAGUAUGAGCAUCCCCCCGAUGCAAAGAAUUGCAGCCGAUGUGAUGCACGUCACUUGGUGCAGCGGCCGACGCGGGACAGCGACGAGCCCGUCAUUCACUAUGGACUGAUUGGCUCCGCGGACCGGGCCAUGCUCCAUGGCCCGACUCGCGACUAUCUCCGCACAGCCAAGAACAUCAUCUGUCUGGAGAUGGAAGCUGCCGGGCUGAUGGAUAACUUCUCCUGUCUGGUGAUCCGUGGGAUCAGUGACUAUGCCGACACCCACAAAUCGGACCAAUGGCAUGGUUACGCUUCCAUCGUGGCCGCCGGUUACGCCAAAGAGUUAUUGACUGUCGUGCCGGAGCUGACCCGGGAGCCCACGGCGGUGGAACUGAUGCCGGUAAGUGAUUGA